UGACAGUCAGGCGCAUGCGCACCCGCUACUCCAUUAAAACAAGGUCCAGAAAGAGUUUCAUUUAUACCUUUGUACCAACAAAGACAAGACGAGGAAAACUGACUUACAAGGAAGUUCCACUAUACGAACAUUCUGCCUCUCCGGUUGGAGCCCAACCCAAAGGGUCUAACAGGGUUAGAUCUUCCCGAUCACCUAAUUCAGUAUCAAAAGUUGGUGGAGUAAGAGUAAGCAGGCCCAUGUCGGCAGCUCGUAAGAUACUGAUGCUUCAUGGUCACUCGCAAAAUGGGGAUAUAUUCAGCAAGCGGGUAGGCACGGCGAUCGUUUUUGAAUCCUUGGUCGACCAGAUGCAUGUGCGGAUCUACGCAGUGUUUAUAGAUGCACCGAUCAUCUUGCAACCAAUCGACCUUGAUGGCGAUCCAUCCAAUGUAUCUUUGAAUUCAUUCGGUGCUUCUGAGGCGAAUGCGGCAUCAUCCGACCCAGCACUGACUCCUAGAGCAUGGUGGAAGGCAAAUCCCGAACGCACUACGGCACAUGGUCUGGAGGAGUCACUAAUGGUGCUGAGGGAUGUACUAACGCGGGAUCGGUUUGACGGUGUAUUCGGUUUCAGUCAAGGCGCGGCCAUGGCAGCUCUCCUCGCGGCAUUGUUGGAGAAGCCCCAUGCAUAUGAGCCCUUCCUCAUAGGCGGAGAAGCUCCCCAUCCUCGAUUCCAGUUUUGCGUGGCUGUCUCGGGAUUUAAAGCUCAUAUUGAGACUCCAACGCUACAUGUUAUCGGAAAGACGGAUGUCAUUGUAGUCGAGGAACGGUCUAAGGCGCUCUUGAGUGUGUCUGCCAAUGCUAGGGUGGAGGUGCAUGAAGGAGGACACUUCGUGCCGUCCCAGGCCAAAUGGCGAGUUUUUUGGCGCGAGUACCUACGAGAUCCGAGUGAACACGUCCCCUCUCCGGGCCUCGUGUCAAAAUCCCAGACCAACUCCGGAAUGAAUACUCCGCCGGCGUUAGACUAUCCAUAAUUAUGCAAGUGAUACCUUUGCAAGUCAGAGUAUUAGAAUUCUGCCAGUGGAGUGUAGAUUGAGGAACGGAAUGGAAGGUUUUAGUGAUUCGAUUCAUUUCCAUCCAAUCUGUCAAUGAGUUUGUUGCUGUCCUGGGCGUUACUUGAGG